GCCCCAUAAUCACUACCGCCUUGCCCUUGUUGUAUCAGAACAACUUGCUGAAGCACCCAACUCAACUUUCUGCAAAAACCAAAACCUCGCCGGAAACGCCGCCGAAAUUAGACGGCGCCCACCAGAAACUGUGUGAAGAAAUUUCAUCUUUUCCUCUUUCCAUUUUAUUUUAAAUGAUCUUAGUUCUUUGCAAUCUUCAUUGUAGCGAGCGCGAAACCGCGAUUUCAGCGAGUCGCGCCGUGUUGUUCUCGUGAAAUGCACGAGGCAGCCGCAAGCGCCGCAUCUGUCAUCUCUGCAGCGGCAGCGCCGCCGCCACGAUUAACUACGAACUACGUCUACUGUUUAAAAAACUCUGAUAUUGCUACUCUCUUUUAAUUAAAUUACGAUAUAGAUGCUUUUUCAGUGUUUCAAUAAUGGUGUGAUGAUCCUUGUUGCGUGAAACUUCGAAUUCAUUCACAACAAACCGCUUUGAAAGAGGGUUUUUUUGCUUGUAAGCAUAAACAUGUCUGCUUCUUUGUCCCAAAGAGAAGAACAAAUAGAGAAUGUUUCGAAUAGAACCAUUCCCAAAGUGCUAAUCCAAUGUGAAGAAUGCAAAUCUAACCCCUCAAAGUACAAGUGUCCAGGUUGCUCGAUACAAUCGUGCAGUCUUCCUUGUGUAAAAGCUCACAAAGUUCGGACUGGGUGUAAUGGCAAGAGGAACCAGACUCAGUUUGUUCCUAUUACACAGUUUGAUGACAAUAUCUUGUUAUCUGAUUAUAAUUUGCUGGAGGAAGUGAAGAGAGUGGCUGAAGUUGCUUCGAGAACAAGAACAAAGUUAGGCAUGUCUACAUAUCUUAAGUUGCCUCAUCCCCUCAAAAGCCUGCAAUAUGCUGCUAGAAGCCGGAGCACAAAACUAUUGUUUCUGCCUAAUGGAAUGUCAAAAAGAGAGAAUAAUCAAUCUCGAUUUGACGAUAGGAAGAAGUCUAUACAUUGGACAAUAGAAUGGCGUUUUCACCUGACAAAUAUUGUCUUACACGACCACGGAGUUCAUGAAGAUACAAGCUUUUGCACCAUUCUAGAGAAGCACCUCAAACCAGGUCCUUGGAAUCAUCAACUAAAGGAAUUUUGUGAUGACCAGGAUCAUCUCAAGCUCUUCAUUCGUAAAUAUCCAAAGGGUCCCAAGUCACCCUUCAAAGAAUUGGAUAUAAAAGCACCAAUCAGACAACAAUUGAAAAAUGUAGUCAUUUUGGAGUAUCCCGUUGUUUUUGUUUUCUUGCCGUCUCACACUAUCAAUUUCGAAGUUAUUAAGAAUGUCAUUCCUAGUAUGCCUAAAUCACCGCAGAAAGAUAGUGAAGUUAACCUAAUACCAGAAGGUGUAUCGUUCAGGGAAGAGGAGAUUGAAGAUGACAACAGCUUUGAUGAUCCUAAGGUUUUUGAUCUUAUAAAGCAUUCAGAAUCAAGUCCAUCACAUCAAGUGCUUACUGAAAAUAUUCUUUCCGAAAAAGCACCAAAUGAUUCAUUAGAUAUACCAGUGUUUGAAGGAGACGUUGAGAGAAAUCUUUCGCCCUCAUCUUUCAUAGACACGGAUUUACAACAAUUGUCUGAAUCUGGGAUGUUUGACUUUGAACAAGAUCUUAUGUAUGAUGAUAAUUCCUAUGAUCUUAUGUAUCAAUUCAAUCCCACAGUCUUCCCAGAUUUUGGUUGUGAAUUUGCAAAGAAAGAUGAAAACGAAAUAGAUGUGUUUGACGCCAUUAACAAGCUCCCUUUGGUAAGCCAGCCUGAGCAAUUGGAGGAAGGGGAAAUUCCCGAUUGAUUGCUAGCUAAAGCCACUUCUGCUGAAGAAUUGGGAAGUAAACGAGACCAGAUUAUCGUAUCUUUUGUUGUAAAGAUGAAGUUGCCGCUUUUUGUACAAGGUUUCGGGCAGAGUACAAAAGCUGAUGGCACUGGCCGCCUUCUCAUCACUUCAGAUCAAAUUUUGGUAUUGAAUUAUUUUAUUCUUGUUUGGUAACAUCCUUUUCGAGAGAAAUUGUUUAAAACAUAUUAUUAAUUUAGUUCAGCUUCAGUUACAUCUUUCAA